AUGUGUUUUAUUUCUUCUGAAAAGUAUCCCACAGAAGGCGAUUACAAGAACUUUAUUCGUCAGCAUGCUGGUACCACGAAUGGCACUACCAGUGCUGAGCACACAAAUUAUCAUUUUACGAUUUCAAAUGAUUAUUUAGAAGAGGCCUUGGAUCGAUUUGCACAAUUCUUUAUCAGUCCUUUGUUUGCUGAGAAUGCAAUUAUGAGAGAAGUGGAAGCUAUUGAUAAGGAGUAUAAGAAAAACCUCCAAAUUGAUUCAAGAAGAUUAUAUCAAUUGAUGAAAGAAUCCUGCAAUGAAAAACACCCUUUCAAGAAAUUUGGUACAGGAAAUGUUCAAACUUUAAAACUCGAUCCUGAGGCCAAUAAUUUAAAUGUUCGAGAGUAUUUGGUGAACUUUUUUAACAGACAUUAUUCGAGCAAUCAAAUGAAGCUGAGCAAUAAUCAUAUUGACCGUCAUGGAUUUUAUCCUUCUGCAAGUGAUGUCACAACAGUAUUUGAACAAUCUGAUUUAGCCAAGCUGUUCAAAUAUGAACCAGUGACAGACACUACUGAUUUAACUCUCCUUUUUCCUCUUUCGAUUGAUUGCCCUAAAAUCAUACAAGGAAGAAACAUGUACUACAAAUCCUCAUCUAUUGCUUGUCUUACUCAUCUAUUUGGUCACGAAGGGAAAGGCUCUCUGUAUUCUCUUUUGAAAAACAAGGGUUGGGCAGAGUCACUUGUUUCAAGCACCUAUUCCUACAAUGGUGUCAAUGACCCUGCAAAAGAAUUUUCUCUUUUCUUCGUCAAGAUUAAUUUAACCAAAACUGGAAUUAUUUAUUGGAAAGAAAUUGUAGAAUAUGUUUUUGAGUACAUUCACAUUUUGAAAACUCAAGGUGUACCUCGUUUUUUAUUUGAAGAGAUCUCAUUCCUUCAGAAGCUAGCGUUUGACAAUGCACAAUUCACUUCUGCCUAUGCAAGCAGCUUGUCUACAAGUCUACAGAAACAUUUAGUGGAGGACGUCAUUAGCGCUCUUUUUUUACAUUAUGAGUUUGAUGAAGAUCAUACCAAUUCGUUAUUGACCUAUUUUCAUCCAGACAAUAUGAAUAUUUACUUGUCAAGUAAGAAUCAUGAAGAUUUAGACUGCUCUGAACGAUGGUAUGACAUCAAAUACAGAAAGUGUGACUUUGAUCCAGAUUUCAUGAACAAGUUACGAAAUAAGAAGCACGAAACACCACAAUUGCACAUUCCGUUCAAAAAUACAUAUAUACCGUAUAAUUUAGGACUAGUGAAUGACACAAACGCACCAACAGAAUAUCCUGUUAAAAUUGUGGAUAGUCCCAAAAUCAAAACCUAUUUUAAAAAGGAUGAUUAUUUCAAUACUCCACGAGCAGAUAUCAUUGUCCUACUUACCAUUCCACAAAGUUUUGAGUCUCCGUUGAACAUUGUUUAUGUUGAGUUGUUUGUUGACAUGGUUCGAUAUUUGCUUAACGAAGAGCUUUACAUGGCCUCAAUCGCAAAAAUAGGUUCUGCUAUCACAAAUGUAGAGCGAGGAGUACAUAUUCAUGUGAAUGGAUUCAGUGAGCAUUUAGUGGAUGUCAUUAUGGUAAUUUUAGAAGAGAUGGUGAAAGCAGCUGACGACAGAAGUCAUCUAACACAGCACAUUUUCGACUAUAUCAAACAAAAUAAUCUAAGAAGUCAUCAAAAUAAGAAGUUCUCGUUCCAAUCUCAUGAAAUUGCAACAUAUGAAUCUUCUAAACUCUUCCUUCAGCGUAAAUUUACAUUUUUCGAAUUUGCUGAAGUAUUGGAACGUGUAGAGUUAGAUGAAUUUAAAAACUUCGUGAAGUGUUGGUUAUGUGGAACUGUGAUUCCAAUUUUGAAUUAUGAUCCAUCUAAUCAAAAUAGCGCAAUUUUAAUAUCCUACCAGAUUGGAUACAGAUCAUUACGUUCAGAUUGUUUAUUAGAAUUGUUCACACAAAUAUGUUCAAGCAAAUACUUUACACAUAUGAGAACGCAGAAACAAUUUGGAUACAUUGUGACUUGUGGUCAACGUUUUAUUCAUAAUGUUUCUUUCUUGAGUUGUAUCAUACAAACGACUGAACAUGAGCUCACAGAUAUUCUCACCGAAAAUGACAACUUCUUCAAGAAUAAUAUUUCAAAAUUACUUGAUGAGCUCACAGACGAACAAUUUAAUGAUAUUGUUGAUUCGAUUGUUCAAAAAACUUUGGAAAAGGAAAAGACUGUUCAACAAAGAUCUCAGCGAUUUUGGAACGAAAUUGAAAAUCGACAGCUCAAGUUUAAUAGACAUGCGCUUAAGGCAGUACAAUUCAAACAGCUUUCAAAGAAGGAUGUUUGCGAGUUUUAUGAACACUUUGUGUUAGCGACAGGACCACUUUUCCAACCCAAAUGUUCUUAUAGUGGAGGACAGUACUCAAUUCAAAAGUACCUUGGAGUACUAUUGUAG